AUGGCCGACUACAUCAACAAACAGGUGAUUGAAUUAAACAAAGUUACAGAAGAAAACCGGAACAGAUUAACGAGGAGCGUGAAGACUGAGACUCAUCUCUCAGAUGGAAGACUAAGACUCUACAGGCUGGCUGCUGGGUGUUUAGGAGUGCUGUGUGUUCUACAAGUCACUCUCAACAUCUCCCUGAGACUGGCUUUCGGUGAGUGUACUGGAAGAGGGGUGGAAGGGAGAUACAUGGCAGUUCCAACGAGGUGGUCUAUGUUGAGGUGUCCUAAAGGAUGGAGGAUGUUGGGAUCCAGCUGCUACUUCCUUUCUACUGGGAUGAAAACCUGGCAGGAGAGCAGACUGGACUGUUUUGAGAGAGGAGCAGACCUGGUGAUCAUAAACAGUGAAGAGGAAAAGAAGUUGUUGUACCAGCUGGAUGGUGAUGCAGAUCUCCUGGUCUGGAUUGGUCUGACUGACUCCGUUAAUGAGGGGACCUGGAAAUGGGUGGACGGCACACCACUGACCACAUCGUACUGGAAGAGUGGUAAGCCGGACUAUGGUGGUACCAACAACAAGGAUUGUGUCGAGGUCUACCAUCGGGACAACGUUUUGGCCAACUGGAACGAUGCACCAUGCAACCGCAUGCUGCACUGGAUCUGUGAGAAAUUACAGGAAUAG